AAUCCUUAUUGUGGCUAGCUUCACAUAGGUAGAAGUGGUUUAUUGCAGGUACCUGUUUUGAAUGCAGAGGAAAGUUCUACUUCAGCGUUGUCAAUGUUUGCUGUCAAUAUGUACAGUCAUGCAUUUGAACCGAUUUGAACAGUCAAGGCAGAAGAUCUACGGUGACGGACAUGGAUACAACAGCUCUGGUCUAUAAGAUCCUCUGUGCCCAUAAUGGGUAUUUUGAGCUGGAAGAAAUGCGUGCCAACUUUAGCACGCCAGAAGAUGACCUGGAGAGUGUUUUAGGGAAUCAGGAUAUGUUUACCAGUGCUGUCUUUGAGGGAAACAAACUGAUAUUUGCCAAGACGAAGAUGAGAUUAUGCAGAGACAAGGAAUGUAAUGGCUGCAGCAAUUUACAUCUGUGUAUAUUCUACCUUUAUGGAACGUGUCGAUUCAAUGAAGGACAACGGUGCCACUUCUGUCAUGAGCUGACGUCAGAAUACAACAUCAGAGUCCUGAGAGAGCAUCACCUGGAGAAAUUGGACAAGAGGGAGCUGUGUAUAUUACUACUGCAGAAUGACAACACCCUCUUACCCCCAGUUUGCUUCACAUACAACAAAGGUAGUGGAGAGUACGGAUACUGUCCUGACAAGGAGAAAUGCAGAAGACUCCACGUCUGUCAGCGCUACAUUACAGGAACCUGUGCUGCAGAUGUGGACUGUGACAGGUCUCACGACUUCUACGAGCCCCACCCGCUCAACACCCUACAGCAGAGGGGAGUACCUAAUGAACUGGUGGCAUCCAUGUUGUACACCUACCGCAACAACCAGGCCAUUCAGUAUGAGGAAGGCUCUAGACCUGUGUGUCAUCCUCCUCCACCACCACCACCCCCACCCCCACAAACAUAUCUCCCGGCCCCCAAUGUUGUCCAAAGAGAGACCCACUACAUCCACUUGCAGCCAAUCAUAGUACACUCACAAGUGACCCCUUCAAUGCUCUGCAAUUUCAAGUUAAAAUCACGUCCCUUUGUCCAGACCAAAUCCAAGAGCCAUACUAAGCCAUCAUCAGCUUCACACCAAUCAAAACCCUCUAAACCACCUACACCAGCUCCACACCAAUCAAAAUCCACGAAACCACCUUCACCAGCUCCACACCAAUCAAAAUCCUCUAAAGGCCCUCCACCAACUCCACAGCAAUCAAAAUCCUCUAAAGCGCCUCCACCAACUCCACAGCAAUCAAAAUCCUCUAAAGCGCCUCCACCAACUCCACAACAAUCAAAAUCCUCUAAACCGCCUCCACCAACUCCACAGCAAUCAAAAUCCUCUAAACCGCCUCCACCAACUCCACAGCAAUCAAAAUCCUCUAAACCGCCUCCACCAACUCCACAGCAAUCAAAAUCCUCUAAACCGUCUCCACCAACUCCACAGCAAUCAAAAUCCUCUAAACCGCAUCCACCAGCUCCACACAAAUCAAAAUCCUCUCAACCAGCUCCACAUCAACCAAAAACAACCAAAGCUCCUCCAUCAGCCAGGCGAAGAUGAAUUUUUGUCAACCCCGAUGUAAUUUAAAAAAAAUAAUAAUCCACAUUUCCUGUUGCUUCAGGAUUGUUUUCCUGCUGUGAAGAAACUGGUCAAAUUAAGAUCCUACAUCAGUAUCAUACUGACAAGAUAUACAGUACGUACAUGGGUCAGGAUUUGAACCCUUGGGGGUAGGAGAAAACUGAGACUGUUUGACAGGAGCAUUAUCUCUCUGCACCACCCCUAAGCCUUGCUUGUUAGAAUUUUAUGAUAUCUUGAUAGUUACAUGUGUUUCCAGAAUACAUCAGAAGAGAGCAGCCUUGGCUGGAUUUUAAUUCACAACAUUUGCGCUUCUAAUAUGUAUUUGAUCAACUUUCUAAUAUAGAAAUGAAGAAAGUGUUUAUUGUGCAAAAUCCUUAUGUUUUGAGACUGACAUACUUCAUAUCUCAAGGCUAUAGCCUGACAGAAUUUCAAAAGAAACAAAGAGAAAAGUAUUAUUUCUCUACUGUGCAGUGACCAUUCCUCUCUGCCACCAUAGCACUUGAAAUGGAGGUCAUACAUUUGGACACCACAGAAACACUUUUUAUAUACAGUACAAAUAGUAUAUGAAGUCAAAUGCAUAUCACCUGAUCAGGGGUUGCUGGGCACAAAGGAUCACCUGACGAAGAGGAUUAACGUGCGAGUCCUACUGUACAGACGUAGGAUCUUAAUUUGAGCCAGUUUUCUACAGCAGGAAAAUAAUCCUGCAGCAAUAGGAAAUGUGGAUUAUAAUUAUGGACAUUUUUGUAGGGCUUGAUACAUUUUUCGUUUGUGCGAAUCAAGUUUGAAUUUUCAAAUUGGAAAUUAAAAAGUUUAGAAGCAUUUUAUUAACUCAUACUCUAAGUUUGGGGCGGCAGGGUAGCCUAGUGGUUGGAGCGUUGGACUAGAAACCAACCGAGCUGACAAGGUGCAAAUCUGUCGUUCUGCCCCUGAACAUGCAGUUAACCCGCUGUUCCUAGGCCUUCACCAGAAAUAAGAAUUAGUCAUUAACUGACUUGCCUAGUUAAAUAAAGGAUUUUAAAAAGUUUGCAUUUCUUGCCAACGUGGUCUCAGAGCAUUUCAUAUUAUUCUGUACGUUAUGAGGUUUCUGUGUUAUGCACUAUAGACCAUUACCAUAUAUAUGAUUGAAUAUUAUCUGCUGUUGGCUUGUGUGGAUGUAUGUAUGUGUUAUGCAACAUAACUGACUUGAAACAUUGUUAAAAGUGUCAGGGCCAUGGGACUUUCUCAUGAUGGAAAAAUACAGAAGACAGGGCACAUUCAGAGCGUGGGGUUGCAGAAAAAGCGGUAUUUUGUUAGAUAACAGGAGCCAGGUGCGAGAUAACGGUAUGGAGCAUGAGCGCAUGGAUGUUCUUCACAGCAACAGUUACAUCUAUCAACAGAAGCGCCAAGAGGCGGGGACCCGCCUGAGCGCCUGCAAUAGGCUGAGCAAGUUUAAACCACGCCCAGACUCUACUGUGAAGGGCCAACAGACGGGUUGGAACUGUCUAUCACAGUAUAAAGAAUUCUCUGUUUUUGCCCUGCAGGUGGGACAGAGAGUCCGUAUAUACGAAAAUUGCAUUAACCACUUAUUGCUUAGCUAAUAAAAAAUACAUAGUAUACAA